GCAUACCUCGUUGUUUUGAAGAACAGGAAGAUGUUGAAAAGUUUUAUUUGUAGGAUAAUUUUUCUUUUUCAUCUUUUUAUAAUAGGUUCCUGUCAUUUUCCAAAACCUUUAGAAUUAGAAAACAUCACGGAUGUUUUAAAGCACCUUCUUGACAACUAUGACAUUCGACUUCGACCAAAUUUUGGAGGGAAACCACUAUUUGUUGGAAUGGAUUUACAUAUCGCAAGUUUCGAUGCAAUAUCUGAAGUCAAUAUGGAUUACACUCUUACUCUUUAUUUACACCAGUAUUGGCAAGAUUCAAGACUUGCUUUCAGCACUCAUCCUUAUGAGCUCACUCUUUCUGGAGAAUUUGCUGCCAAAAUUUGGGUUCCAGAUACCUUUUUUGCCAAUGAUAAAAACUCUUUUCUGCAUGAUGUUACGGAAAAGAAUAAAAUGGUUAGACUUCAAUCCGAUGGUGAAAUAAAGUAUGGAAUGAGAUUUACUACUACUCUUGCAUGUAUGAUGGAUUUGCAUUAUUAUCCUCUGGAUUCUCAGAAUUGUACUCUAGAAAUCGAAAGUUAUGGUUACACAGUUGAAGAUGUUCAGAUGUAUUGGAAGAGUGAAGCUGUUGUUGGGGUAGAAAAAGCUGAGUUAUCACAGUUCACAAUAUUGGAUUAUGCUGCUACAGUUCGACAGGAAACUCUUGCUUCAGGUACAUACCAGCGCCUUUCUUUGAGUUUUUUACUAAAAAGAAAUGUUGGAUAUUUUAUUUUUCAAACGUAUUUGCCAUGCAUUUUAAUUGUUAUGCUUUCAUGGGUAUCAUUUUGGAUCAAUCAUGAAGCUACCUCUGCCAGAGUUGCAUUAGGAAUUACUACUGUUUUGACUAUGACUACUAUUAGUACUGGUGUACGAUCAUCUCUUCCAAGAAUUUCCUACGUUAAAGCAAUUGAUAUAUAUUUAGUUAUGUGUUUUGUGUUUGUUUUUGCUGCUUUGCUGGAAUAUGCAGCGGUAAAUUACACCUAUUGGGGAUCUACGCGAGCUAAAAUGAAAGCAAAGAAAUUGAAAGAAUCGAAGGCUGCUACUGAAGUUGCCACGAAUGAAGAAAUAAUCGAGCUUCAAGAUGUAAGAGUUUCACCCAUUCCUUAUCUUCGCAGAAGAAAUAAAGCAUCUGCUUAUAUUACUGACGCACAUUUUCCACCCUCAUUUCGUCGUACUAGAUCAUACUAUUCUCAAGGUUUCAAUCGUAAAUCUCUUGAACGUAGUUCUUUGGAAAGACAAAAGAAACCAUAUGUAUUAAACAGUUUAAAAAGAGGUGCUAAUGUGUUACGAGCAUCGAUCCCAAAAAUAAAAGAUAUUAAUAAAAUUGAUAAAAUGGCUCGAGUGAUAUUUCCGGUAUCAUUUUUACUAUUUAAUUCCAUUUAUUGGUGUUUUUAUGUAUUUUAAUAAAGCAUAGUGAUAAUUAUGUUUUAAGUUCCUCUCCUGAAAUAAUUUUUGUUAUAUUUAGUGCAAAUAAUUGAAAGUUUGUAUGUAUGUAAUGCUGUUACUUAAAAGUAAAUUAAAAUUGAAACUAUGGAUUUAAGAUAAAGUCUCUAAAUUCAUAUGUUGUUCAUUGCCAAGCAUCAAUUACAUAUGAAAAAAGUAGCAAUUUUAAGUGCCUUGCAUCUCAAAAAGGAAAGUUUUUACCUUCGAAAAAUCAAUUUUUACAUUGUUUUAAUUUAAUUUAAAGGGCAUUCAGAAUUUCGUUUUGUAUUUUUUAAAAAAUUCAUUUUAAUGCUUUAUAUCACAACAAUUUUUAUUUAUAUUUUCUUUGAAUAAUAAUGUUCAUGGAUAUUUUUAUUGGCAUAUGAAAUCUUGUAUAUAGAUGCAUUUUAUAAAUAUUAGAUGUAAGACAUACAUCUAAUAUUUAUACAUUUAAAAAUUUAAAUUUCUCAAAUAUUAAUUUUAUUAAAUGACAAAACUAUUCAAAGUACCUAGCCUCGUAUAAAUCGGCUUUAAUAGAGCAUUAUCUGAAUUUGCAUACAUAUAUUUAUUAUUUUGUUUUAAUUUACUCUUGAAAUGUUUGUUUCAUCAUGUGCAGUUAUAUGAAUCACUGUUUUGUGUAUGACGCAUUUUUUCUGUUUAUUUUCAAACACUUCAGUUUCAAAUUUUGCAAGCUUGAGAAAGAUUCAUUAUUGAGUUUCUUUGUUUUAUAUCACUAACAUUUUUUUUUCGGAUAAGAAAAUCUCAAAUUUGUACUUGUAAUUUUCUGAUAUCAAAAUUCAUAUCUGAGCAUACAUUACAGGUAAUUAAUAAUUUAAUACACAGCUGAGGAAACUUGUUAUAUUUUUGCAGAUAUGUGCCUAUUCUCUCUCUCUUUUUUUUUUUUUUUGUAAAAAACUAUAAACUGCUAUCUCAUAUUAUUAAAUGUGGUGAAAUGAAAAAGUUGUUUAUUAAUGAAAGAUGUUCUCUCGGAAAUGUGUGAUCAAUAGCUAAAUAUUGUACAUUUUUUGUGCUUUAUAAAGGACGAAAAAUCUAUUCAAUUUUGUUUAUAUAAUUAUGGGCUAAAUACCAUUAUAGCUGCAUUUUGGUUUUUGAUAGUUUGUCUUUUUGUGAUAUUUCUCAGUUAUAUGGACAAACUUUUGCACAUCUUUGGAUUAUUUAAAAAGUCUCUGUUGAUGAAUAGUAUAUUUUAAUAGCAGUAUUGAUUUCAUUGUGCGGCAUUGAUUGAAUCCCAUUUUAUAACUGUAAUCUUUUAAAUUUUGUAUUUUUUUAGACUCGCACUUUUAAUGUUUUGGGAAGAAAUUCUAUUCUUUUGUAAUUUUAUUCUUUCCAUGCUUUUUAGAUUUCUUUUGGUUAAGUUUUUGUACUUUUUUCAUAAAAACUAUAGUGGUGUGCCUGUUAUUUUUAUAAGCAAUUAUGAAUUUUUUUCAAACAAAUGCUUUCAGCAUUCUUUCAAUCAUUUCAAAUUAUUGGCACUAUCUUCAACAUUUUAAAAUGCUAAACAUCGUGUUUAUUAUUUAAACAUAUUCUUGUCCUGAAUUUAUGCUGCUAGUAUUGUAUUGUAGGUAUAUGAAAAUACUAACUAGAUGCUAGUAUUGAUUUCAUAGGCCUUUGUGCUAUGUGAUGUAUAAAUAUAUUUUGUUUAUUGUAGGUAAAAAUAUUGUUUAUCUGUAAUAACAGCAGACAAAUUAGUUGUUAAAAGAUAUUUAUUUUCUUAUUGUUAAUAUGGACAAAUAAGGAAAAUGAAUGUUACACGUGACAAAGUAAUAUUUACUUAGAAGUCUUAAAUAUCUUUACAAAGGCAUAAGUGUGUUUAUUGCAUAGUUAUUAUAUAUCAGUACUACAAAUGGGAUUAAUAAAAUAAGAAAACACAUAUUUUCCAGUAUGUUUUCUUCAGUAAGCAUGAGGAUACACAAUUUAAAAAUCAUUUAAUAAUUUGGCAUAUAAGUCUUUUGGCACUUAGUUAGUGUAUCUACUGAGCUUUAUCUACUCUUUGUUUUGUCUUCAAAAGUCCCACCUAUGUGUUUAGGACUAUUAAUCUAUCACAAAUAUAACGUUUUAAUUUCAAUCAAAUUGUGGAGCAACACACCUAGUCUAUCAAAAAUGUCACAUACAAUCUUUUGCAAUUUAUUGCCAUAAAUACAUUAUUUUUACUGAAAUCAAUAGUCCUUUACUUGGUAUCUAAAGGCUAUGAAAACUGUAGCUAUGUAACGUUUUUGUAUGUAGCGAUGUAUCUAUAAUUUAGAAUGAGGAAUUUGUGAACCCUGUGCAUUGUGAUGCUAUUUUAGAGAACAUGAAUCUAUUUUAAUCAAGAGACUAUUUAGAAAAAAUUUACUAUUAUUAGUAUUUUACUUUAAUCAUAUACACACCUUAGAUUACAUUAAUAUCUUAACUAAAUAGUGUGCUUGAAAUAAUUUGCUUUCUUUGAAAUACGUUUUAUGGUGCUAUUGAAUGUUCAGAAAAUAAUUAACACCUUGUAUGGUAAUUAUAUAUAUUAUAUAUAAUUAUAGUAAUUAUAUAUAUAUAUAUAUAUAUCCAUCCUUGGUUGAAUUUUUCAAUUGUUACUAUUUUUGAAAAAGUCAAAAUAAUAUUUAAAUCCUAAUUUUUGCAUUGUCUAUUUCUAUUUUACUAACCAGGACAUUAAAGCACCUUACUGUUUUUCAUUUUGUUUGUACUCUCUUGUUUUCUUGCGAAUCAUUUUCCGAACAACAUGCUUCGAUUAUUUUUCUCUUAUUUAUUUAUAUGUUUAUAACUGAAAAUACUUAAGCAGUUAUUGUUUUCAGUAUUAAAAAAUGCAUAGUGUAUUGCAUGAAAAUGCAUUACAAAUUCUUUUUUUUUUAAAUUUCAGAUGCGUUUUCUUAGCCUUAAUCAAAAUGUAGAAAAUGUUGGAAAAAUUUUAAUAAUUUUAAGCAUAUUAAGACUUUUUAAACCUCUAUAUAGAAUGUUUUUCAUUUAUGAAAUACGAAAAUUCACAUGGUCUUCAUUCGUUAAUACAAUUAAAGUGAUGUUAAGAUAAUGGAAAUGUUAUCGAGGUGGGAAAAAUAUGAUAGAUUUUAAACUUAUAGUAGUGCGAAUAAAUUUUUACCAGUCUACAUUGCUACUUUAAAUUUUAGCUGGUAGUUAAAUUUUAAAACCAGGGAAUUACUUUGUAGAAACAUAAUCUUAUUUUCAGAAAUAAUGCCAAUUUUCCCUGUUUAUUUUCAAAAUAAAAUUUAUUGCAUUUAGAUAAUACUUUUUGUCAAACGAUAAACAACUAAUAUAUUUGUUAUUUGCGGAAAUAAAUUUUAAUGAUGCGUGUGAGUAAAAAUUUGCAAUGCAUUUUGAAUAGGUUUGUUGUUUUGUUCUAGCAAAGCUGGAAAUAGAGUCAAUCUAAUGAGUAUUCUCUACUUAUUUUAUAAAAAUUUGUUUAAAUAUGAUAGAUGGAUGUUUCCUACCGCACUUUAACUCUUUAUUGAGCAAAAACUGGACGUUUCUGUGUUAAAAUAUUCCUUUUGUGUAAACUACUGCAUUUAUAAACUGCAUAAAUAUUCUUGUUUAUGUACAUACUUAUGUAUAUGUAUGCCAUAAAAGUAUGUAAAUAUUCAUUUACUUUAAAUUUGCAUUAGACAUUCACAGCUAAAUAAAGGUUUAAAUUAUAGGAGUAUAUGUGUUGAGUUUUAUAAAAGCAACAAAUUACAGUACUAUAUUUUUAGUUUGUAGCUGAGGGUAGCAUUCCGUUGUCAUUUUUUUCACUUAUAAAAUCAUUUUUGGGGCCAUUUGUAGUUUAGAAAUCUUAUGUACAUAUUUUCUAUUUAAAACGUUUUAUAUAUGCUAUAAUGAAAGUGCUCCAGUCUGAAAUUUGUUUCAUUAUUUGAUUACUAAAGUUUUUUUGGACAAUGUGUUUAAAGUUUAUUAUACUCUGAAUACGUAAAUUUUUUAGUACAUAAUUCAGUUUUAGUCUUCAUGCAUUGAUAAUUUCAGUCAUAGGAAGAGUGGGAAAAAGCAAUAAUCUAUUUUAUGAAAUAUUUAUUUUUAAAAAUUAAUUAUUAGGUUUCAGAUUAUGAAAUUAGGAAAACUCCCGUGGAAUGUGAAGAUUUUUUAUUCGAUUUAUUUUAGUACUGUGUUUGGGAAAAACAAUUUGAACUUGAUUAAUAAAUAUUUCACAUUGAAUGGGAAAAUCGCACACACACAUUCGAUUGAUUUUUGUUAUCAGAUUUAUUUUUAAAAUGCGGAGAUUUCUAAUUUAGCAGAUUAUUUUGGACCAAUUUUUUUCUGAAUUAUUUCAUGCAAUUUUCUUUCAUUUGGGAGUGUGAAUGAUAAAAUACAAAUAAAACAGUCUGCAUCAAGGCUACUAGUGGUGAAAAAUUGAAAAGCUUUUAGAAAAAUAUUUGAAUUGUAUCAGAAUUUCAAUAAUAUUUUAAAGUCGCAUUUCCGAUUAUUUUUUCGCAUUGAUUUCUUUUUAACUUAAUAUGGGUUUUUACGGUUUCACUCAAUUUUUGAACUUUCAUACUUUGAAGAUGUAUUUAGAGUUUGAUAUUAUGAAAUAUUUUUUAACAGUUGCGUUUAUAGUUUAACAAUUGCAUUUAUUUUUAAUUCUUUACUUCUAAAAUUUUUUCAAGUGUUGAAAAAUUACAUCUAAACUAAUAUAUAGGGAUGCAUAAAUGAUUAAGUGAAUUCAUUAUUUAAAUAUAUUUUUAGUAUUUUACUUUUAAGUUAAGAGUAAAAAAUAAUACCUAUGCUUUCUUCUCUCAUUUAUGAUAAUUAUUUAUGAAAACUAUCAGUGCCGUCUUUUAAAAUUAGUUCUUUCGGCUAGAAUAAUAUGGCGCCCACCAAAGCUGUAAGUAAUCUGUGCACUCUUAGCCCUAUGAAAAUAUCUAUUUAAUAAAACAAUUGGGAAGGUAAAAAAUAUAAGUGCAUUAAUAAGUGUAUAAUAAAUGCAUUACAAUUUUGUAAAUAAAAAAUAUCAAGAAAAUCAGUGCAGUACAUUUUAAGGCCCCCUUGAAUAGAUGAUACCCGCGAGCUAAAUCCCCAUCAACCUAUUGGAUAAGACGGUACUGAAAACUAUUUUCAAUUAUUAUACUUAAUGCAAUCUGCGAGUUUAAACCAUGUAUUUAAUUAUUUAGCUUUAACAGAAAACAGUAAUUGUUUUGUGCACUUUUUUUAAAACAGAUGUUUAUUAAAA